GCUCCAACGCUGUCACAUCAAGGUGACCUUCAAGUAAAACCAGUUUGACGUUUGCUAACCUAUAAAAACUAUUUUCAUUUGGAUAUUCUACCCGCGAAGUCAUGUAUCCCGCACCCGAAUUUACGUAAAUAAAUUCCGUAAUACCUCUUACAGUGCCAACUCGCAUCCUUCCACGUUUUACUUAGUGUUUUAAGUGAUAAAACUGUGAACAGUACACUUUUUGUUAUCGGUGAUAACUCGCGUGUUUUUAAUAGAGCACAAUGUCGCGCGACAGGACCUCUCGCCGCUUCUACCGCUCAGAGUCCACGCACGACCUGCUGUCCUACAUGGACAAGGGGCAGGCGGCUAGCGACGAGAACCGAUGGACUUUCGAGACGGCCUGGGAGGCCGCUAACAAAGUUGGUGGCAUCUACACUGUGAUCCGGUCGAAGGCCUAUGUGUCCGUCGAGGAAAUGGGAGAAAACUACUGUUUGCUAGGUCCGUACAAGGAGCAUUGUGCUCGUCAGGAGGUUGAGGAGCAGGACUUCCCCCCCAACUCCCCCCUCGCGGUCGCCGUCAACGCCAUGAGGAGCCAGGGCUACAAGCUCCACACAGGAACCUGGCUGGUGGACGGUAACCCUCAGAUAAUCCUCUUCGACAUCGGCUCGGGUGCCUGGCAGCUGGACGGGUACAAACAGGAGCUGUGGGACACCUGCUCUCUGGGCAUCCCACACCUGGAUAUAGAGGCCAAUGAUGCUGUCAUACUGGGGUUCAUGGUCGCGCAGUUCAUUACUGAGUUCAGGAAGGCCGCAGAAGGCUACAGCGACACCCCGCCCCGAGUUGUGGCUCACUUCCACGAGUGGCAGGCCGGUGUAGGUCUCAUCGUACUUAGAGUACGUCACGUAGACGUGGCCACGGUGUUUACGACACACGCCACGCUCUUGGGCCGGUACCUGUGCGCUGGCAACACUGACUUUUACAACAAUUUGGACAAGUUUUCAGUGGACGAGGAGGCGGGAAAGAGACAGAUAUACCACCGCUAUUGCAUGGAGAGAGCGGCUGCGCACAUGACACAUAUUUUCACCACAGUGUCAGACAUUACAGGUUACGAGGCCGAACAUCUCCUGAAACGCAAGGCCGACAUCAUCACACCAAACGGCUUGAACGUCAAAAAGUUCUCAGCACUCCACGAGUUCCAGAACCUCCACGCGUUAGCCAAGGACAAGAUACACGAGUUUGUCAGGGGACAUUUCUACGGCCAUUUCAACUUCGACCUGGACAAGACGUUGUAUUUCUUCAUCGCUGGUCGCUACGAAUUCGGGAAUAAGGGAGCGGAUGUGUUCAUAGAGGCUCUAGCCAGACUGAACCAUUAUUUGAAGGCCGCCGGGUCAGACAUGACUGUAGUAGCGUUCCUCAUAUUUCCGGCUAAAACCAACAACUUUAAUGUGGAGAGUUUGCGAGGCCACGCGGUCACUAAGGCGCUGAGGGACACCAUUAGUGAAAUACAACAGAAGGUCGGAAAACGGAUGUACGACAUCUGUCUGAGGGGCCAUCUACCCGAGCCAUCGGAUCUCCUACACAAAGAUGACACGGUGCGACUAAAGAGGUGUAUAUACGCGUUACAACGAGACGGUCUACCUCCUGUCACUACACAUAACGUGGUGGACGAUUGGAGCGACCCGGUCUUGAACGCCGUGAGACGUUGCCAGAUGUUCAACACUGUCAAUGAUAAUGUUAAAGUGAUCUUCCACCCAGAGUUCCUAACGUCAACCAAUCCUCUCUUCGGCCUGGACUACGAGGAGUUUGUAAGAGGUUGCCACCUGGGCGUGUUCCCUUCGUACUACGAGCCGUGGGGGUACACGCCUGCCGAGUGUACCGUUAUGGGGAUACCCAGCGUCACCACUAACCUGUCAGGUUUCGGCUGCUUCAUGCAGGAACACAUCGCCGACCCCAUGUCGUAUGGCAUUUACGUUGUGGACAGACGAUACAUCUCGCUGGAGGGUUCCGUUCAACAAUUGGCGCAGUACAUGUUUGACUUUACCAAGAUGACGAGAAGGCAGCGUAUUAUUCAAAGAAAUCGCACGGAGCGACUGUCCGACCUUAUGGAUUGGAGAAAUCUUGGAAUCUACUACCGGCAGGCGCGUGCGCAGGCCCUACAGACCGUGUACCCAGACUAUGUGGACCACAUGUACAUGGAGCUGGGCAAGCGGUUCAACUACCCGCGGCCCAUCUCCGAGCCGCCGAGCCCCACGCACUCCAGAGGAACGACCCCCGCGGCAUCAGUUCACGGCUCAGAUGACGAAGACGAGGUGGACGAGGAAAAGGAACUGGCUGAAUUGAGGAUCAGCGACAAAUAAAAAAAAACUAUAUGUCUCUUCUA